UAUGAAAACUGGCAUUAGAGUUACUGUUAUUUGUGACUUUACUGUGUGAUUUCACUAAGCUGGCAAAGGAAAGCAAGGCAACAUUACAAAGGGACAUGCAUCACUUUGAGGAAGAAUUAACAUGUUCCAUUUGCUAUAGCAUAUUUGAAGAUCCACGCGUUCUGCCCUGUUCCCAUACGUUUUGUCGGAACUGUCUGGACGGUGUUAUUCGGCUGUCAGACAGCUUUUCCAUUUGGAGACCCCUGAGACUUCCUCUGAAGUGUCCGAACUGUAGGACUAUUGUGGAAAUUCCUGCCGCUGGUACCGAAUCGUUGCCCAUCAACUUUGCAUUGAAAGCUAUUAUUGAAAAAUACCAACAGGAAGAUCACUCUGAUGUUGCAACCUGCAGCGAGCACUACAGGCAACCGCUGAACGUUUACUGUCUUCUGGAUAGAAAAUUGGUGUGUGGCCAUUGCCUUACAAUAGGAAAACACAACGGCCAUCCCAUAGAUGACCUUCAAAGUGCCUACAUAAAAGAAAAGGAGGCUUCGGGAAAACUUCUCGAGCAGCUGACUGAUAAACACUGGACUGAUGUAUGUUUGCUGAUUGAAAAGCUGAAAGAACAGAAGUCCCAGUGUGAAAGCAUUGUUCAGGAGGAUAAAAAAGCAGUAAUACAUUAUUUUAAGAAACUUGGCGAUACCUUGGAGCACAAAAAACAAGCUCUGCUGACUGCGCUGGAUGAAAUCAACACGCGUGUUUUGGAAGAAUAUGAGCCUCUCAUUGAAAAGUUGAAAAAAAUAAGGGAAGAACAGCUUGAAUUAAUGUCACUGAAUACAUCUAUUCAAAAAGAAGAGUCCCCACUUAUUUUUCUUGAGAAGGUGGAUGAUAUGCAUCAACGUAUAAAAGCUUUGAAACAGAAGCAGCUGCCAGAUGUUAAACCUGUGGAGAUUUAUCCAAGGGUUGGGCACCUGUUGAAAGAUGUGUGGUGUAAAACUGAAAUUGGUCAGAUCAACAAGAUCCUCACUCCAAAAAUAAAACUGAUUCCGAAAAGGAAGUUACGCAGCAAAGGCAACGGGAAGGAAGGAAGAGAGUCUAAAGUGCCCCUCCAGGCUGUGAAUCCUUUAGCGGUCCUGCUUCUUUUUAUUGUACUGGUAACUGCGUGUUCAUUUCACAAACUGGUAUCAUUGGCUGUAAUUGAAGCUACUCCCACUUAUAUCUCCACGUUCUUGCUGCUUAUUUAUCAAGAUUUCUGCACCCGUUUGCAGAAUAUAGUGGAUGCGCUGGGCCAUACAUUUAAUUUACUGAUGGAGUUUUUAGGGAGGAUUGUUUCUCUUUGA